UGCGCGUGUCAGCGAAGAGGUACCCCGAGCAGUUACCUCACAGCAUCUCUCUCCCACCCAUCUCCGUCACGCCUGCCCUCCUGCGCCCCGCUUCUCCUUUCCCUCACCUCACCGCCGUGGACGCGCGAGCCAACACCCAAACCGUACCGAAGAGAUAACCCCCAUCCCCCCCCCCCCCCGCGGCGCCCACCACUGCAGCAAAGCCCCGCCGCAGCCGACGCGACCGAGCUCGAGGCACCGGGCCUAAGCCUAGCCAGCUCCCGCGCUCCCGGAGGCGGAGUCGAUAUGCUGUUCCAGGUGGGAGGGCAGGGCGCGCGGCCCACCUUCUUCGAGAUGUCGGCCGCGCAGCAGCUGCCCGCCAGCCUCCGCGCCGCGCUCGCCUACUCGCUCGGGGUUUUUGCCCUAAGAAGGCCAUUCCUACAUAAAGUUUUGGAUUAUGAAGAUGAAUUCUUUGCUUUGUUAAUGAGCGUCCUUGAGUCCCACAGUCUACGGACAACAGACGGAUCCUUUGCAGAGUCAUUAUAUGGUCUCAGGAGGAGACCUGUUAAGGUUUCAGUAAAGAGAAAUAAUCCUGGUGCUGAAUCCAGUGACAAAGUCUAUGAUUCUGCACUAAGGAAGCGCCAGAAAUUCCUCUCCGUUGUUUUUUUGGUUGUUUUGCCAUAUUUUAAGUCAAAAUUGCAGUCUAUAUAUAACAAAGAAAGGGAAGCCAGGUUGCAAGCAACACUUUGGGGUCAGGAUGAUGUUCGAUUCGAUGAAGCUGGCUUUGUAUUAGAUCAGGAGCAGACUUCUCAAGCACAGUCUGAGUCCUCAACUGGAGUAGUGUCAAAUUUGACACGUUUUAAGAAGAAUUUUGCCUCACUUAUAGGUGUUUGCUAUCCAUGGAUUCAUGCAACCAAUGAAGGUCUCUCGUUUGCAUACCAGUUGUUGUACUUGUUGGAUGCCACUGAAUUUUAUAGUCCAGCAUUGCAUGUGCUUGGGCUUCACGUUUGUCGUGCUACUGGUCAAGAGCUGAUGGAUUCAUCUUCUAGGAUAUCAAGGAUUAGAAAUCGUGAACUUGAGAGACUCCGUGGCCCUCCAUGGUUGAAGGCCGUGCAACAAAUGUUCCUUAGUGGUAUGUACACAACUCUGGAUUAUGCACAAACUGGUUUAAUUGCUGCAGUUUUCUUUUUCAAGAUGAUGGAGUGGUGGUAUCAAUCUGCUGAAGAAAGAAUGUCAGCUCCGACUGUAUUUCCACCGCCCCCUCCUCCACCAACUCCUAAGGUUGCCAGAGAUGGAAUUCCCUUGCCACCUGACAGGACGCUUUGCCCCCUAUGCUGUCAGAAGCAUGCUAACCCCUCUGUUCUUUCUGUUUCUGGUUUUGUUUUUUGCUACAGCUGCAUAUUUAAGUCCGUCUCUCAGCAUAAAAGGUGUCCCGUAACGCUGAUGUCUGCCUCUGUUGAACAAAUCAGGCGUCUCUUCCAUGAUUUGUAGUCAACUAGUCAUGAAUGGACAGAACAGUUCCUGCUUCCUGAAGAUCAGGAGGAAAUCAGUUAAACAAAAUACAUCACAGCCGCCCAUUUUGUUAACCAUGAGAAAUUCAGCCUCAGUCAGUCUCUCCUUUUGAUAUUCAAUCACUGUACAUAAUGGCGCCAAUUCUUCUGCUUUUAGGAAAUUUAAUGUUCGCAUACCCCAUGUCUUUUUUUGUUCUCAUUGGAGUUGAACCGCAAAAGUGAUCUGAGAUGACAGUUUUAGGUUAGGGUUCAUAAUCUAUUGUUUGGUGUUACUGAUCGGAUCCAUUUAGAUGAGGUGACUGGUUGUCACUUGUUCCACAUGUAUCCCAAUUUGCGGUCAUGUAAAGAUUGCACUUGCUGUAUAUCACCUUGUGAAAAAUUGGGCUGUAAUUUUUAAAAUAA